AUGAUUGAAAUAACAGAACAACCACCCUCCACUCCGAAUGAGAGGAUACUCGAAAGCUUAUUAGGGCCUACUGAUCAGGACUUUGAUGAAGAUAACGAAGAUAAUUUAUUUGGAGACGAUGAUUGGGAAAUCUCAUUUGAUGAAGUAGAUGACCAUAUUUCUGAAUUCCAGGAAGAUGAAUUUGUGCGCGAAGCAUUUGCUAAGGGAAUGGAUUUGCGAGAAUAUGCACGAAAUAUAGAAAAAGAAUUGAGUGUAAUCGAACGGGAACAUGAAAUAGAUUAUAUUAAUCAAGCUAAAAAUUUCAUAGAACUUCAUAAUCAGAUUCAGUCGUGCGAUCAAACUUUAGCAACGAUGGAAAAUAUGUUGAGUGUUUUUCAAAUGGAUUUGGGUAACAUUAGCACAGAAAUCCAAACAUUACAGGAUAAAUCAUUUUCAAUGAACAUAAAACUCAAGAAUCGAACGGAUGUGGAAAAAAAAUUAAGCACAGUUCUAGAAGGAACUGUAAUAUCGCCGUCCAUGAUCAAAGUAAUUACGGAGGACGAUGUUGACGAAGCAUGGUUAGCGUACUUAAUGGAGCUUAAUAAAAAAAUGACCUACGUAAAAAAUGGACAAACAAAUAAUGGUAAGGCGAUUAGAGAUGUCGGGCCAGAAAUGGAAAAAUUGCGUCUAAAGCGAUACAAUCGAACUUUGCAAAAACUUCAAAGCCCAAUUGGAGAUAAAUUUUCAUUGAUUGGAUAUGAUGAAAAUACUAGAAAGG